GUGUGUGUGAGAGAGAGAGAGAGAUUGAGCUUACUUGGCUUCGCUGUAACAAACAUCUGACGUCUGGGUGAAAGAGAGAGCAUUAAAUUAAUGAAAUUUUCUGUCCGAUGCCUCUCUCUCUUUCCAGUCAAGGCUGGCAAUUUUCCCAUUUCAUCACCUCUCUCUCACUCUCUCUCCCACACACACACAUCUCACUACUUCUUGAAACUGUAAAAGCAAGAGAAUUAAAAAAAGUGACACUGGCUCACAUGCACAUUUGUGCAGAAACCCACUUCAUUUUUUUUCACUGACGAAGAUUCCAAAGAUCAGUGCAAGAUCAAAUUUUUCCUUGUACAACUCAUAAAGAUUGAAUCUUGGGCAAUUCUGCUUCCAUUUUCGAACGAGGGGCAUCAUAUGUGCAGAGGCGGAGAUCAAGAAUUGGAUCCAGUGGGCUUAUAAUGCUGGGGGUUAUGUUGGAAACAACAUGGCAAGACUAGGUACAACCUCCCACUGUAUUUUGUUUGCAUUCAUUUUAUUAGAGCUUGCGCUAGUCAUAGUCGCUCCAAUUGCUGAAAAGGAGAUUCUGCUCCAAUUUAAGGGUAACAUUUCUAGUGACCCUUUUCAAAGUUUGAGUUCUUGGAAUCCCAGCAAAAGCCCUUGCCUAGAUUAUAGCGGCGUGUACUGUGAUUCGAAUGGAAAUGUGGUGAAGAUUUUGUUGUGGAACACUAGUCUUGGUGGGGUGUUGUCUCCGGCAUUGUCCGGAUUGAAGUCUCUGAGGAUUAUAACCUUGUACGGUAAUGAGUUCACCGGUAAUAUCCCUUCAGAAUACGGAGAUAUUGAUACGUUGUGGAAGAUUAACUUGAGCUCCAAUGCGCUUUCUGGGUCAAUCCCAGAGUUUCUAGGCUAUUUGCCCAACAUCAGAUUUCUUGAUUUAUCAAGGAAUGGGUUUAGUGGGGAGAUCCCUCAGACAUUGUUUGGGAAUUGUUAUCGAACGAGGUUUGUUUCCUUGGCGCAUAACAAUUUUUCGGGGCCUAUCCCCAUCUCUAUCGGUAAUUGCUUGAACUUAGAAGGUAUAGAUUUGUCGUUUAAUGGUCUUAACGGGUUUUUUCCGGAAGAGAUUUGCAGAAUACCUACAUUGACAUACUUAUCUGUCAGAAAUAAUUUUCUAUCGGGAAAUGUCCAAGAUCAGGUCUCAAGAUGUCAAAGCUUGGAGCUUUUGGAUCUCGGUAGCAAUAUGUUUACUGGGCCUGGUCCAUUCGAGGUUUUCAGAUUGGCAAACCUGUUGUACUUGAAUAUCUCGUGGAAUAGGUUCGAAGGAGAGAUCCCGGACAUAAUAACUUGCCCCGGAAGUUUUGAAUUUCUUGAUGUUGCAGGGAAUGGUUUGUAUGGAGAAAUUCCACAAAGCAUUGCCAAAUGCAGUGGCCUUAGGUACUUGGAUUUGGGUUUUAACAGAUUUGAUGGAGGUAUACCACUUGGACUAUCGGGUUUGAAGAGCCUCUCGUUCGUUCGAUUAGCAAAUAACUCGAUAGACGGAACAAUUCCCAAGGAAAUCGGGAAUAUUGAAUUGCUUCAAGUGCUCGACUUAAGCAACCUCCGACUCAGCGGUGAAAUCCCAGCUGAGAUAACCCGUUGCCGUUAUCUUCUCGAGCUGGAUUUUUCCGGAAACUUCCUGGAGGGAGAGGUUCCGAUGAACCUAGACAACAUGACGUACCUUCUAAUUCUUGACGUGCACCACAAUCGCCUCAAUGGAGCCAUACCACCAACAAUCGGGAAUCUGUCGAACUUACAUUCUCUAGAUUUUUCGGAAAAUUCACUCUCCGGUCCAAUCCCCACAACACUAGGAAAUUUAAACAACUUAACCGAUUUCAACGUCUCGUACAACAACCUUUCUGGUUCUAUACCUUCAACACAAAUCAUCCAGCAGUUUGGCUUCUCGGCUUUUUUUCACAACCCUGGACUUUGUGGAGCUCCAUUGAACAACCCGUGUUCAGGCCGCGCUUCUUCAACCCCGGCUGCAAGAAAACCGAAACUAAGCGCUUCGGCUAUUGUUGCCAUAGUUGCUGCUGCCUUAAUCGUGACCGGCGUUUGCAUUAUCACAGUCAUUAACAUGCGGGCCCGCAAAACCCGGAGAGAAAAUGGCCGCCAAACUAUGGCUGUCGAGAGCACUCCUCCUCUGACCUCGACAGAAUCGAAUGUCAUUAUCGGUAAACUCGUCCUAUUCAGCAGAAGUCUUCCUUCGAGGUACGAAGACUGGGAGAUAGGCACAAAGGCUUUGCUCGACAAAGAAUGUUUGAUAGGCGGUGGCUCGAUUGGCUCAGUGUACAAAACCACCUUCGAGGGGGGGACUUCAAUUGCCGUCAAGAAAAUCGAGACUCUCGGGAGAAUUCGAAACCAAGACGAAUUCGAGCACGAAAUCGGACGUCUUGGAAACCUCCGCCACCCGAAUCUUGUUCCUGUCCAAGGCUACUAUUGGUCGUCCACCAUGCGGUUAAUUCUUUCCGAAUUCGUCCCUAAAGGGAAUUUGUACGAAAACUUGCAUGGACUCGGUUACCCUGGAACGAGCACAGGCUCGGGUAAUCCGGACCUAAAUUGGCCGAGAAGGUUCCGGAUAGCUGUCGGGACAGCUAGGGCACUCGCCUACCUUCACCACGACUGCAAGCCUCCGGUUUUUCAUCUCGACAUCAAAUCGACUAACAUACUCUUGGACGAGAAUUACACGGCAAAGAUAUCCGAUUUUGGGUUGGUGAAAUUUCUUCCUAUGCUCGACAGUUACGGUUUUACGAAGAUGCACAGUGUGGUCGGGUAUGUUGCGCCAGAGCUGGCUCGAAGUUCGAGAAUUAGCGACAAAUGCGAUGUUUAUAGUUUUGGGGUUGUUUUAUUGGAGUUGGUUACUGGAAGAAAGCCUGUGGAGAGGAUAGGGGCAAAUGAGGUAGUGAUUUUGGGCGAGUUUGUUAGGGAAGUGAUAGAGAGGGGUUCGGCUUCUGGAUGUUUUGACAGAAGCUUGAGAGGAUAUGCAGAGAAUGAAAUGAUUCAGGUGAUGAAGUUGGGAUUGGUCUGCACUUCUGAGGUGGCCUCGAGGAGGCCGAGCAUGGCAGAAGCUGUUCAGGUUCUUGAGUCGAUAAGAAAUGGUUUGGAAUCAUGAGAAAGGCGGAUGGUAUUUAAUAUUUAUUUAUUUAUUCUUUACGAAAUUCGUUGUGUGAAGGUUAACGUUUGCAGUUGAUUAUUUUGUAGUUAGCAAUAAGAUAAUUGGAAGUUCUUGCAUUCUUUUGUAUCUUAUAGUAGAUGAAAGGAAUUGAUCUCUUCAGUUCUUAGAUAUUUGCCUAUUGGUAAGUGGAAUAUAUAGGUUUGCCUGGUAAAACUGAGUUUUCUUUGAUUGACUGCUAGUGCUAUGGGUUACACUUAAUAGUAGCAUCUGUAUGAAAUGUUGCAGAUUAUUUCUUAUACUGCAGUUGAAUAACUGUGUAAGAACUAUCAUAGUUCAUCAUGUUAAUAGUAGCAUCGGCAUGAAAUGUUGCAG